GGCAGCAGCCUGUCUGAGUUGGAGAGACUCGGGGGGGAUGCUGUCGCAGAGAUGGAGUUGAAUCACAAAAACAACAAAGUGUCGGACAGAGUUUGAGACAAAAGGCGGAGGGUUAGCGUUAGUUCUCCGACUGAACUGAGCGCUGGAUGGAUUUUUGGUGAAAAUAAGACAGGAGGAAAUUUAAAAAAAAUGAAGCUGCUGAAGCCGAGCUGGGUGAGCCACAACGGCAAACCCAUAUUUUCAGUUGACAUCCACCCUGAUGGGACAAAAUUUGCAACUGGUGGGCAAGGAGAGGAUUCUGGCAAGGUGAUGAUCUGGAACAUGGCGCCAGUCCUCAGAGAGGAGGACGAGAAGAACGAGAAUAUUCCCAAAAUGCUUUGCCAGAUGGACAAUCACCUAGCAUGUGUGAACUGUGUGCGCUGGUCCAACAACGGGCUGUACCUGGCAUCAGGAGGAGACGACAAGCUGGUCAUGGUGUGGAAGAGAGCCGCAUUCAUCGGCCCGAGCACAGUGUUCGGGUCGAGCAGUAAGCUGGCCAACGUGGAGCAGUGGAGGUGUGUCACCAUCCUGAGGAACCACACUGGAGAUGUGAUGGACGUAGCGUGGUCCCCUCACGACGUGUGGCUGGCAUCCUGCAGCGUGGACAACACCAUCGUUAUCUGGAACGCUCGCAAAUUUCCAGAGAUGGUGACCUGUCUGCGAGGACACACUGGGUUGGUUAAAGGUCUGACGUGGGAUCCGGUGGGGAAAUACAUUGCCUCGCAGGCGGAUGACCACAGCCUCAGAGUGUGGAGGACGGUGGACUGGCAGAUGGAGGCCAACAUCACCAAACCCUUCAGUGAGUGCGGCGGGACGACCCACGUCCUGCGUCUGUCCUGGUCUCCAGACGGUCAGUAUCUGGUGUCGGCUCAUGCCAUGAACAACUCCGGUCCCACCGCUCAGAUCGUGGAGAGAGACGGCUGGAAGACGAACAUGGACUUUGUGGGCCACCGUAAAGCUGUCACUGUGGUGAAAUUCAACCCAAAGAUCUUUAAGAAGAAGCAGAAGAAUGGCAGCGCCCCGAAACCAGGCUGUCCGUACUGCUGCUGCGCUGUCGGCAGCAAAGAUCGGUCGCUCUCCGUCUGGCUGACCUCUCUGAAGCGCCCCCUGGUGGUCAUCCAUGAUCUCUUUGAUAAAUCAAUUAUGGACAUUUCCUGGACUCUGACAGGUCUGGGCAUGUUGGUGUGUUCGAUGGACGGCACGGUAGCCUACCUGGACUUCUCACUGGAUGAACUGGGGGAUCCACUGAACGAGGAGGAGAAGAACAGCAUCCAUCAGAACAUCUACGGUAAGAGUCUGGCUAUAACCAGCACUGAGGCUCAGCUCUCCACCACCAUCAUCGAGAACCCCGAGAUGCUCAAAUACCAGCAGGAGCGACAGAACUCGGCCCAGGCCAGCUCAGGACCGGGCAGUGCAGGGCCCGAAUCCUCAGCCCCCAAACUCAACAGUGUGAUGAACGGAGAGUCUCUGGAGGACAUCAGGAAGAACCUUUUGAAGAAGCAGGUGGAGACGAGAACCGCAGAUGGCAGAAGACGGAUCACACCGCUCUGCAUCGCUCAGCUGGACACCGGGGAUUUCUCGCCAGCUCUGUUCAACAGCGCUCCCAUCCUGCCCUCGGGCUCCUCCACGUCCAACCAGCUCACCUCUCAGCUCAGCUCUGACUCCAGCCCAGGACAGGCCUCCUCUCUGGGGCUCAGGCCCAGCCACGACUCCAUGCUCACCUCGCCUCCACCCAACAGCACCGCCAAGGGCUUGGAGGACAAGGAUGGUGUGAAGUCCAGUUUGCUGCUCACGUCUGCCUCCAAGAUCGAGCCAAUGAAAGCUUUGGACUCAAGGUUCACAGAGAGGUCAAAGGCCACGCCGGGUGUCACAGCUGCCAUCUCCUCCACUGCUGGACUCACGCCUCUAGACAGACCGAAAGACGGCAUCUCCGCCCUGAAAGACGUAAAAACCAAAGAAGACACCAGCAGCGACAGCGAGGACAAGAUGGCCACCAUCAACAAAAACUUGACGUUCAGCAAGAGGAAACCUGAGCUGCUGAUGGACGGAGGAGAGGUGGUGGAGAAGAGGAAGAAGGGACGGCCAAGGAAAGACAAGAUGGCCGCUCCCAUCGCUCAACCUUUCACACAGAUAACUCCUCCAGCAGAGCGGGAGCCCAGCAGGGUGGCAGCUCCUCCAGCUCCUGUACCUGUUCUCAAACUACCAACACCAAGUAUAAAGAAGGCCUUCAGUCUGCAGGAAGAAGGUGCUGACACCACAGUGUCUCAGUCUCUGCUGACCCAGCAGGGAGUUCCAGUCAUCGGGCUGUCCAACGGGAAGUCCUACUGCUUCAGCUCCUCGCUGGAGACAUGGACUCUGAUAGCAGACAAAGGAGACUCUCUGGUCCAGUGUGCUGACUUCAGGAGCUGCCUUCCUACCCACGAUGCACCUGUGUCCUCAGGGCCACUGGCUGUCAUGCAGGGACGCAACCUCAAUGCUGGUCGGCUGGCGUCCCGCCUCUCCUCCACCCCUCACCACCUGCAGCAGAGCAUGACGCUGGCCUUCCUGGAGAACCAGCUGGCGUCUGCUCUGACUCUGCAGUCAGCGCAGGAGUAUCGCUACUGGCUGCUCAUCUACGCUCGAUUCCUCGUCAACGAAGGCUCAGAGUACCGUCUCCGAGAACUCUGUAAGGAGCUGCUGGGUCCCGUCCACAAAUCAGCCUCCACAGCCUGGGAGCCCACCACCCUGGGUCUACGUAAGCGCGAGUUGCUGCGGGAGGUUUUACCUGUCAUCGUUGAAAACCUGCGAUUCCAGAGACUGUUCACCGAAUACCAGGAUCAGCUGGAGCUGCUGCGCAACAAAUAACACACUACUACACACACACACAGACACACACAGAGACACACAGACUGACACAAACACACACUUGGACUCAUCAUGAAACCAGUUUGGCUCGACCUUUUCCUCAACUUGUGAAGCUUGAAACGCUGUUCUGGCUGAGAGCUGAAACACACUCCCUGGGUGUUUUGUGAGAACUUCAAUAACAGCCAGUCCACAGCUUUUCAAGCGCUGGGACUUUUCAGUGCUGUCACUCACCGGGAGAAGUGGUGGGUGCUUAGCUUUUUUUUUUUGUUUUUUUUCUAAUCACGAUCUCAGUUUGAACUUUCGUCUUCUGUCCUUUGUUCCUGUUAAAUGUGUUUUCUCUGACCUAUGCACCUCUCUCCUGCUCUCCUGAUCAUGGACUUAAAAAAAUGAACUUAAAAGAGGUGACAGAAAGGUCGCAGGUUAGAUUCCCGCCACGUGCAGCAUCACCAGCUGUGUGAAUCCCUCUCAAGUCUGUUUCCCUCCUCAGAGAGAGAGAGAGCGGAGGUGAGACGCUCGAAGAAGAAAAAUAUGAAUCAGAAUGGAUGUAAAGGAGCAAUAUGCUUGUACCAAAGUGACGCCUUUAAGUGUAGAAAUAACCACACACCUUCAUCUGUGACGUGAAGGAAACGAGGGGCAUCCAGACAAAAGGUGCAGCCGGGUUUUGAAAAGCUGAAUCUGCCAGUGGGUGAAGUUUCUGCCUAGAUUGGCUGUCCUAAAAAGUGACAGUGCUAAUGCCAAAAUAUGAGUUCACAGCAAAAAAGAUAAUCAAAGUUAGACCACCACUUGGUAUGAAAUUUAUAUUCUGAAACACAGGAUGGGAAAUGGAGUCAGAAGGGUCUAAGUGAGGAAAAAAGUUGGAGGAAAAAAAGAGCACUUAAAGCUGUUGAGAUGUUAGGAAGGGUAUUUGUGCACAAACAGGAAGCACAGCAGCCAAAAUGUGUUUUCUGACAGCUCACAUGAACAAAAUGUUAAAGUAAAAUAACGAUCAGGUCUCAGCGAUGCAGGAAUCUCUUGUCGAUGUGCAGCAGCACUGAUCAGUCACAUCUCGGUCUGCACCUGUUUCAGACAUCACUUCAAGUUGGUAGCCAUUUUUAACAACAGUUCCUCAUCAUGUCGUCAAUUGUUACAAACACUGUAAUCAUUUUUACCUUCAUCAGCACCUAAAAUCAGAAUGAUCAGACAUGCUAAAUUGUCAGCUGCAGAUUUGACACAAUGAGUGUGCUUUAAAAGUCACAUUUUUAUUGCGUUGAAAGAAUUCAGAAGCAAACUCCGGUUUUCAGGAAAGUUUUGACCAUCAUGACAUUUCAGAUUAUAUCAUGUUUACUGUGUACACUGUCGACUCCGCAGGCGUUCAGCAAGAUUGUGGCUGAAACACUCAGAAGUUAUUUUUCUUCAAACAGCAGGGCUGGGUGUUUAAAACAUUACUGGAUGCCAGUACCAAUAGAGUAUGUACCACAUCCAUCAUGUGAAUGGAAGCAUUCGGUCACAUAAAUUGCCACCAGAUACCGCAGGCCUGUGGUGUAGCCAUACCUUCAAACAUUUCAGUAGCAUCUCGGGACACUGAGCUGCCUUUUUCUGUCACAUACAUCAUGCUGGCUCUCGGGGUUGUAGCUGCUGCGGUAGUGGGCCAACGCUUGUGCUGAUUGGCUGCAAGCAAAACCAUACUACGAGUUUUUUGUUCUAGAUCUGGGUACAGAAAAGAUUAAAUGCAGGUAUCAUUUGACUGGAGAAGUUUUCAUGCCACGUGGUAUUGGGUUAUUGUGGUUGAUGUGUUAAAGGUAUCGAGCACAGAUACCCAGCCCCAACACACACAUAGCUUGGAUCUUUUGAAGCGCGGUUGUGUGAGGAACGUAUCCAUAGACGGUGUAUUACAUACAGUAGAUGUCAGAAACAGGCAGGAGUACCACCACAGAAGCUCAGCAUCGUACUGCUGUGGUCGCGUGCUUUAUUUAGAAUAUUUUCAACGCUUUACUUUCUUACAGUGAUUCCUGAUGUGGAACUGAAGCCGCCAGUGUGGAGAAGCAGCAGGAGGGCCACAACAAAAGCUAAGCUAAGCCUUAAAAAGUCCCACCUAAAAGAAUCCGUAUCAGUUGAAGUGCAAGUGAUAUUGAGAGUAUUUUUACUGCUUUACCUUUUCGUCAGACGGUCCGUUCUGAUGGGGAAGCACAAACACACUGACUGAUGGAGGCAGACCAGCAGCUCCUGUGUUCAGUGAUGAUAAAUCACUGUUCUUCUCAGUGGAGUCUGGUUUUAUAGAGAGUGAUAGAACGGCUUCAGUUCCCUGUUGAACAUCGGUGUGACUGCAAGGUAAAGCAGUGAAAAUCAAAUUUAUAUUGUCUUUUUUAGGCGGCUAGAAGCACAUUACUUAGCGUCCAUGUUAAACUCCAACCUGCUUCUCCAAACUGGGAUCGUGCCAACUGACAUCUGCUGUAGUUGAUACACUGACUAUGGAUGAGCACGCCAUACAACCCUGCUUCAUAAGGUCCACACUGUUCCUUUAAUAACUCUGAUGUGCAGACUUGAACCUCUUUGGCUGUAAACUUGUUCCACAGUUUGAACCAGAUUUAGUGUAACUAUCAGUAGCUGCUCGAGGAAAAAACACUCUGGGCUCCAGCAUCUCAUCUUCAAGGUGUAUCAUGUGUGUCACACAGGGCUGUGGGGUAAUCAAACACAUCGUUCUGUCUUAUGUUACAGUGUGAACAUGCGGUGCAGCUUUUUUUUUACUCAUGAAAUCCAACAGAAAAUGUUUUUUUCAGUGAGAUGUGUGACUGUAGGAUCGUCCUUUUCUUGGUAUCAUGUGAACGUUGGAUCAGAGGGGCCCAGUGGAGGAAUGUUAUAUAUAUUAUUUUGGUCUGUUUCACGUCGUGUCUCUUUUGUAAAUAACCACAUUCUCUCGUCGGCACCCUCAUUUAUGUUUUGUCGCCGGGCAAAAACCACUGCACAGAAAUCCGUUGUUUUUUUCUUCAGGACAGGUUUCGAGGGCCCAGCGCUCAUGAACCCCAACAACACCUCAACAAACUUCACUUGUCGUGUUUAGCCUUUUUGUCCGCUGCAGCAGUGAUGCACUCCUCUGCCAGUGCAGUGUGUGUAUAUAAAUGGAGAGUGUGAGCUUAGGAAGCUUGUUUACUGCUGUAUGUGACCGCACAGUGCGGAGAGCAGCGCUGAGGCAGACUCACAGACGACAGGAAGAGUUCAUCUUUCUUCACCUAUCUGUACAGCACGUCUUUCUUUACGUCAUUGGUUUUCUGUCAGUCAUUUUUAAAUGUUUGUACGAGGCAAUUUUUGUUUCCAUUUUCUAUAAGAAAAAGAAAAAAAUGAACAGAGACAAGCUGAAAUUUUGCUUUUGAAGAAAGAAAGUGAAAAAAUAAACAAAUGAAGAACA